AAUUCUCACUUCCCUGCGGUGCAGUCCAAAUUAAUUUGCAAGCAAGUACGGAUGUCCCUGAUGGGACACUCUAAGGGAGACGCCACAGUCCCACGAGCGACAGCGUCAAAGCCCAGUUUCCCCAGAGCGCACCCUCCUGCUCGAGGUGCGGCCCCGUCGCCUCCUUCCACGGUAGAAAAGUGAUAAGAGAAGGCGAGCUCUCGGCGCCGGAGGCAGAGCUGUUCGCUCCAUCGCCUUUGCCGUCAGCGGAAAGCAGAGGCCUGCACACUGACCCGCAGCGCACCUCAGCUGAAGCAGCUGCCUGGAAAGAAAGGCCUCGGCAUGGAGCUGUUGCUAAGCAGCCGGGGCGGCGCGCUCCUCUUGGCGGCCCUCCUCCUGCGUCUCGGGUUGAUUUCCGGCGCGUGCCCCUGCGAAGACCCCUCGCUGUGCAACCCCAUCGCAGGCACCCGGGACUUCGAGGUUUUUGUGUUUCAGGUUAGUGGGAAGUCUUGGAAGUUCUAUGACUGGUCACAAAUUACAACUGUGGCAAUUUUUGGAAAAUAUGACCCUGAGCUCAUGUGUUAUGCUCAUUCAAGAGGAGCCAGAGUUGUUUUAAAAGGAGAUGUAUCUGUAAAGGAAAUUGUUGAUCCUGCCUUCAGAACAGCAUGGAUAAACCAGAAAGUGGACCUUGCCAAAAAGCAGUAUAUGGAUGGAAUCAACAUAGAUAUUGAACAAGUUGUGGCUAAGUCUUCAGCUGAAUACUAUGCAUUAACUGCUUUGGUUCAAGAAACAACAGAAGCUUUUCACAAAGCAAUUCCAGGAUCUCAGGUGACCUUUGAUGUAGCUUGGUCUCCAAAAUGCAUAGACAGAAGAUGUUAUAACUAUACUGGGAUUGCCGAUUCCUGUGAUUUUGUGUUUGUCAUGUCUUAUGAUGAGCAGAGUCAAGUGUGGACAGACUGCAUUGCAAGAGCCAAUGCUCCAUACAACCAGACCUUAACUGGAUAUGAUGACUACAUUCACAUGGGCAUUAAUCCAAAGAAGCUUGUGAUGGGCGUUCCGUGGUACGGAUAUGAUUAUUCCUGUCUAUCCUUAUCUAAGGCUCAUGUAUGUUCCAUUGAAGAAGUUUCUUUCCGAGGAGCCCCAUGCAGUGAUGCAGCAGGACGUCAGGUCCCCUAUAGAAUAAUAAUGAAUCUGGCCAACAGUUCUAUAACUGGUAUUUUAUGGAAUGAAGAACAGAAAGCUCCAUAUUUUGAAUACCGGGACCCUCAUGGCACUAUACAUCAAGUAUGGUAUGAUAAUCCCAGGAGCAUUUCUUUGAAGGCAGCUUAUGUGAAGGAGCAUGGUUUAAGGGGUAUUGGUAUGUGGAACGGGGAUUGUCUUAAUUACUCUGGAGGCUCUGUGGCACGACAGCAGACAAAAGCAAUGUGGGAAGCCUUGAAACCAAAAUGAUUUCAUAAGAGUAUGAACAGAGUCACCUAAGGUUAAAUUCUUUUAAUAUACACACAUAUGUUAUAUAAUUUCUUUUUAAAUUUAAGUUUAUUAAUUUUGGUACAUAUGUGCUGACAAAAUUAGUUUCAAGCCACAUCAUAUAUAAAAUUUAAUAUUUCCAUUUAAUUUUCCAUGUUCCCUUCUCCUUUCUUCAACAUAAUUAUUGCAAUAUCAAAUCCUACGUAAAAAUUUCUCACAGGCAAAAAGCAAUUAAUGCAUGUAUAAAAGAAAAAUUUAAAACAUAGUGCAUAUGGAAAACAACACCUGUGAGAUUAAAACAUAUUUAUAAUUAGGAAAAUGCAGAUUGUUGGCAAUGUCUAGCUACAAAUGUAAAUAUAAUGCAUAAAUUCUGGAGAUGCCCAUUAACCAUAACCCUUCUGGAAGCAAACAGGGAUCAUGCUUAAAGAAAUCACAGGGCAUGAUUUGCCAAUGAGCCCCAAGAUCUUCUCUUGGCAUUAUUUAAGGAUUGUGAUGAUACAGAUUCAGUUACAGCUUUGCUAACCACUGCAAUUAUAUGUAUUGUGAUGAUAUGGAAAUCCUUCAGUAAUGAAAUGGCAAACAAAGAUAUCAACUGUGGCACUUUUAACUAAACUGACAUAAUAUGAAGAGCAAUGAGUUAAUCUCAGCCAAGCAGAUUUAUAAAGAACAGAUUUUAUUUCUUAAGUAUUACAACCAGGCCUUUUUUUCAGCUGGAACACGGUGGAACAGAGUUCAAGAACCUCUUAAAAAUGGUCACAUGGCUGGUGGCCCCACCCCUUGAUCUCCAGACAGAGGGGAGUUUAGAUUGCCCUCCAGGGAGGGCAAUCUAAACUCCCCUCUGUCUGGAGAUCAGGGGGUGGAGCCACCAGCCAUGUGACCAUUUUCUCUGAGGACAACCCACUGAGUUCUGCCACCUCUUUUCCCAGAAAAAAACCCUGAUUACAACACAAAAUAUUCUGAUUCUGUGUUAUAUAUCUCCUUCCAAUAAUAAAAACCCAGUUUAUAAAUGAAUUUUUUGCACAUCCGGUCACCAAUCGUACAUCCUUGUAUACAACAAAAUAAAAAAGCAACAAGAUCCAAAUAAGAAAUGUAUCUAAUUUCUUUACAACCAAAAUCUUGAAAUUUAAUUUAAAUUCUAUCUUGCCUUUAUGUCACUGCAUUAUUUUUAGACAAGAAAAUGUAUUGUUCCAAUUAUUAAAUGUAUUCUUACGGUUCUUAA